AUGAUCGGGUUCGCCCUCGCAAGUCUCCUCAUAGCUGGAGGCUUGGUAUCAGCACACGGGCCUGGUCAUGACCAUGCCCGUGAACGCGCCGAGCGCCGGCAAUUCCUCGAUAUCCACACCAAUAGUCUGGAUCACUGCUCGAGCAAGCAUUUGGCUGGCGGUCUUUAUCAGCGUGCCGCUCAGAGGCGCGAGCUUCGAGCCCGCUCGUUAAUGGCGCCCUCGUCGCUUCAAUCCCUGAAAGCAAGACAAACCUCAUCACUGGGAAAAUCUCACAAGUCUGACAAAGACUUUGACGCUUCCACUGAUCCUAAAGAAGUCUUUGCGGGAAACAACUCCUGCGUUCUCAAUCCCGAGACAACGGAAGGACCUUUUUACAUUCUUGGUGAAGACGUUCGGAGCGAACUCGUCGAAGAUCAACAAGGAGUUCCGCUGCAUCUCGACAUUCAGCUUAUCGACGUCGACACGUGCGAACCGAUAGAAGGGACUUUCAUUGAGAUGUGGAAUGCCAACUCGACUGGAGUCUACUCCGGCGCUCUCGCCACCGUCAACGGCAUUGGUAUGUCUGACUUGGCCAACCUCAACCGAAGCUUCCUCCGGGGCUCGCAGAAGACGGACGAAGAUGGCGUCGCCCAGUUCCAAACCAUUUUUCCGGGACACUACGAGGGACGGGCACCACACAUUCACGUCAUUAGCCAUUUUAAUGCCACGGCCAGGGCAAACAACACACUCUGGGACUCCCGUGUCACACACGUUGGCCAGGUAUUCUUCGACCAGACCCUCGUCGACAGCGUCAAACAAAUUGAACCGUAUUCCACAAAUAAACAGAACCUGAUGCUGAACGCCGCGGACAACAUCCUGCUGCAGGAGGCUGCAACCUCCGAUCCAUUCUUCAACUACGUGCUGCUAGGAGAAAGCCUCCAGGAGGACGGCAUCUUCGCAUGGUUCAGCUUCGGCGUGAACACCACCUUCACCCGUGAUAUCAUGGCUGCCGCGAUGAGGUUCAAGGAGGGCGGUGAAAUGGUGACGACAAACCCGAAAAUUCCUGGCUUGGACAGAAUUUUCCCCGGCGGGUUUCCGACAGCAUACAACCCCGGGUUCGGAGGGCCUCCUCCAACAGCCCCGACCGGGACCGGGCGUUAG